GCAUCAGAGCGUCCACGAAUCUUUCUACAGCGUUGUUGGCAGGGCGGCCAGAGCGAUUUUUGACGCUCUCGGUGUGAACGCACAGUAAAGCACCAAGUAUUUAGUCUGUGCCGAAGAGGAGAUUCGAGACUCGCGCAUUAUAUUAAUGUGCUUUCGCGCUACAAUAUAUGCGCUCUUGACAUUUAUCAUUAAAACAACGCCAUAUACUUCGCUUUCGCCAUGGAGCUGUAGGACACGUCCGGGCGUCGAAAUGGGCUUUCUUUUUACACUCAUUUUGAACUUUUUGGUGUAUAUACUCCAUGUUCAAUGCGCGAGACACCAUCUCCUCUAUUUUUACACCGCGCUCACCAAACCUGAUGGGUUCUCCGGCCCUGUGUUCAGUGCAGUGGGUGUGUGUGAGGACAGACGGAUCUCUCGCUACAGCAAUGAAGAACAAACCUGGAAAAGAGACUGUUUGGAUGCAGAAAUCUGGAGAAAUACCAAAGAACCUCGUGACCCUAGAGACUGGUUUCUACAUCAGGUUAACGCUCUGGCAAACUGCACAAACUCCAUAUGUGAUGGCCUCCAUACACUACAGAGGAGAGUUGGCUGUGAGGUGGAGAAAUGUCCAGAUGGAUCAGUGAUUCAUGUGAAUGCAUUUGAUGAGUACGGAUAUGAUGGAGAGCAGUUUAUUGCUUUUAAUUCUGCCACAAUGCAGUGGAUUGAGAAAACUCCAAAGGCAAAAGAAACCAGAAUGAAGUGGAACAAUCAACGAGUUCGCAGACAAGUCCUGCAGAUGGUCCUCAAGAACUGCAUGAACUGGAUCUCCACAUUUAAUGAUUCAGUCAGAGCUUCUCCAGUUCUUCACAUGUUUGCAUCUGUAGCUCCUCGAGACCAAAGCAAGCAGAUUCUGACCUGUCUGGCCACUGGCUUCUACCCCAAACUCAUAGAGAUGAACAUCACACUAAACAACAUCACACUCCAACCCUUCAGCUCUAGUGAAGUCAGACCUAAUGAUGAUCAAACCUUUCAAAUAAGAACCAGUGUGAAGAUACACAGAGAUGAGAAACGGGGUUAUGAGUGUCGUGUCCUGCAAAGCAAUCGGACAUAUACAACAUCAUGGGAUGGAAGUCUAGAAUCUAGACACCAUUAUUUGCUGGAAGGAUUAAUUGCAGUUGCUGUUGUAUUUGCAGUUGCAGUCUUAUUAAUCAUGCUUUUAAUCUACAAAGGGAUAAAUGGCCAGAUGAACUGUAAUGGUUCAACCAGAAGUGAGAAUGUCAACACAUUUUCAGCGGGUCCCCUGACUGCAAGUGAUUCAUGUGAGAGCAGUGCAUGAGAAACACACUGGUGCAGAUGAUCCAAGUAUCACCACUUCAUAUUCAUGUUCUUCAGUGAAAAAACCCUGGAUGUAUAGAAAUUAUAACAGUGAUAGGAUCUGAUAAAGAUUUUACAUGAAAAAGGGGAUGGUCCCUUAUUGUUCCCUUUCCAGUGAACACAGGAGAACUCCAGUGUUUCCCCUGCCAUUAUAUUCGGCCCGGCCCGGCCCCCCAACGGCACCCCCUGCCCCCCUUG